GGGGCUGGGAGCCCCGGCCCGGCCAUGAGUGCCCACCUGGCCGUGCCGCCCUACCUGCCCUACCCCGACGCGGUCAUGUAUGGGGACUACUUCUGGUUCUCUCCAGGGAGCAUGGACUGCGUGCCGGCCGAGGAGGCGGCGGCGGCGGACCCCCUCCCCUUCCUCGCGGCGGAGAAGACGCCCAGCCACCCAGAUGUUUCUCCAACUUCCUCCAGCUCUGGGACACUCACCCAUUACACCCCUGACUCUGCCACUAGCCCCACCGCAGAGCGCCCAUCUCCCCAUGCCCCUUUGCAGAAGGCCAAGGAGGAAGGCGAGGGCAUGAUGAAGAAGGCCAAGAGCCGCACAGCCUUCUCCCAGGGGCAGCUGCAAAUCCUGCACCAGUGGUUCCAGACCCAGAAGUACCUCAGCCCCCAGCAGAUCCGGGAGCUGGCUGCUCUCCUGGGGCUCACCUACAAGCAGGUGAAAACAUGGUUCCAGAAUCAACGGAUGAAAUUUAAACGUUGCCAGAAGGAGACUCAGUGGAUGGAAAAAGGGAUGUAUCUACCACAGAAUGGGUUUCAUCAGGCUGCAUACCUGGAUAUAACCCCCACAUUUCACCAGGGCUUCCCUGUGAGUGCCAGCAGAAACCUUCAGGCUGUGACCAACAUGCACCAGGCUUUCAGCAGUGGCCAGACUUAUGGGAAUGGGCAGAGCCUGUACUCGUUCAUGGCUGUGGAGGAUGAAGGGCUUUUUGGAAAAGGUGGGACAAGCUGCAAUACCCAGCAAGCCAUGGGUUUAUUAAGCCAGCAGAUGAACUUCUAUCACGGCUACCCUGCUGAUGUGGAUUAUGUCAGCCUGGAGUCAGAAGACACCUACAGCUUCCCGAGCACCUCUGACAGUGGCACACCGUUCUCAGGCUCUCCUGUAUGGCAUCAGUACCAGGCCCCUUGGCAUCCCCUGGGGACCCAGGGUGGUUAUGAGUCUUAGGUCUAAGUAUUUUUGUCUCCCUUCUCCUGUUUUCUGUCAUGAGGUUUCUAGGGCCUUGACUCAGGGAUCCAGUUUCUGUUCCUUUCUCUUGCCCUUCCUCCCAUUUUAACCGUUGGUGGGGCUCAGCACCCUGCUGUCUUGGGCUAGCUUUCUGUUUAAAGGCACCUGUCUGUUCAUAGCUAACCCUUGGCAAGGGUGUUUUGUGUGUGGAUAGAUGGAACUUCAUUCAUGGAGGGGAAUGUGCAAUGCCACAGCCAGAAGCAGCAGAGGUGGCAAAAGUCCGUGUUUGCUGUCCAGGUCUCACCUUCUGCUGCUCCUGUAGCAGGUGUCUUGCAGCAGAGCUUUGCUGGAGAAGGAAACCCCAUACUUCAGCAUAUUUCUCCCAGAAAUACCCUGUUGUAGCCCAGAAUUUUUCCUGCUGUCUUGCCUAUUUCUGUUGCUACCUCAGCUAACUGCUAAUUGGUUCUUCAUCUCCAUCCUCUCCUCCCUAGCCAAAAAGCUACAUGAGAUCAUCUGAUUUCAGAUGACUUGAUCCAGUUACUCUCAGCAGCUGUUCCUGGAGCGGUCAGCAGUGUCUGCCCCUUGCUUGCUGCCCUCCUGUGUACAUAGGAGAGGAGGGAGGAGCAGAGGAGAGAAAGUGGGGUAAAGUAUUGCUUGUAUCUCACAAGGAAACUUUGGGUUUUAAAGCUGCUAAUUUGUCCCUGUCAGCUCAUUCGGGAUGGUGUCUCUGGGACUGUCCCCACCCAGUUUAGAUCUUGCCUUUCUACAUCUCUGCUGAGAGACUGUUGGCUUGUUCCAGCCUGUGAAUUGCAGCAGAGGGUAGCCUGAAGUGCCAUUGCUGGAAGUGUGAAGAGUGGUUGUGCGUGGUCAUCUUUGGGGUGGUGAGAACAGCCUGCUUAUCUGUACGUGAUGACCCCCUAGCACUUUCACAAACACAGCACCCACUGCAGUGCUGCUUCCUCUGGAGUAGCGGCAGGCAGCUAGGUAAAGAACUUGGUGAUUUUUUAAUGUCACUUAUCCUGGAACUUGGAUGUUGGGGCAGCGGAAUCCUGUUGGAUCCCAGUGGAGUUGUCAUCCAAGGGGCUCUAGAGCAGGAUUGUUCUCUGCUCUUUUGUCUAGUCCCAGUUUUAAGAGUGUUAAGCUGGUAAGAUUUUUGUUUCUUCCCCAGCGCUUAGUUGAAUCUCUUCUGUAUUAUUUUGCUGGAAAGGGCACUGGCUGUCUCAUCUGGCAGAAGUACCUAAGCCCCGGGGGAAGGCAAGGAGUUUAGAGAAACCUAGUUAGACAAAAUGAGGAAAAUGCCAAUUAAAAUUUUCAGUUUCCUAUUUUAAAAUAACUGAAUCCUUUCCAGUAUGGAGAAACUGGAAGUCAGCUGUGGAAUGAAGAUGUGUAGUAGAGUCCAGUCUGCCACUGCCCAAGAAUACAAAAUGGCAUGAGCUGGCAAGAAUAAAUGAGGUGGUAAAAGCAUAAAUAUUUCUGUGGUAGGGUUCUUUUGUGGUUAGGGCAACCUAACCAGUUUUUACUGCAACCCUGUCUUCAGCUGUCUGCGCAAGGGUUGUAUGUCAUAGUUAAACUGUCACUGCAAAGGAGGCAAACACUUGUUGUUCCAGAACAAUUUUUCUUAAAGUUUUCUUGCAGUGAUCUCAACCAUGUUUUAU